GGCUGGGAGUCAAUGCUGCCGAAGCGGGAAAUUCUUUAAACCAGCCCUGGCUGGAUCGGAUCUGAGUAUUCAUGGAGGGGCCGAGUACAGAAAUUGCUAAAGCCAUCAAACCUAUAGAUUGUAAGUCUAUCCAUCGGAUUUGCUCAGGACAAGUGGUGCUGAAUCUAUCUACUGCUGUGAAGGAGCUACUAGAAAAUAGUGUGGAUGCUGGAGCCACUAAUAUUGACUUAAAGCUUAAAGAGUAUGGAGCUGAUCUUAUUGAAGUUUCAGACAAUGGUCUUGGAGUAGAAAAAGAAAAUUUCGAAGGCUUGACUCUGAAACAUCAUACUUCCAAGAUACAAGAUUUCUCUGAUCUAACACAUGUUGAAACAUUUGGCUUUCGAGGAGAGGCUCUGAGCUCACUUUGUGCAUUGAGUGAUGUUAUGAUCUCAACUUGUCAUAAAUCUGCUACAAUUGGAACUCGACUGGUCUUUGAUCACAAUGGGAAAAUUGUUCAAAAGAUUCCUUAUCCCCGACCUCAAGGAACAACUGUCAGUGUACAGCAGUUGUUUUCUACUCUUCCUGUGCGAUAUAAAGAAUUUCAACGCAAUAUUAAAAAGGAGUUCACCAAAAUGGUACAGGUAUUACAAGCAUACUGUAUCAUUUCAACAGGUAUUCGAAUAAACUGCACCAAUCAGGUCGGACAAGGAAAACGACAGACUAUUAUAGGCACAAAUGGAAAUUCCACAGUAAAGGAAAAUAUUGGAGCUGUGUUUGGACAAAAACAGUUGCAAAGCCUCAUUCCCUUUGUUCAGCUGCCCCCUAGUGAAUCAAUUUGUGAAGAGUUUGGCAUUAACUAUAAUGAUGCACUACAUAAUCUCUUUAGUAUUUCAGGUUUUGUUUCCCGUUCUGACCAUGGUGUUGGAAGGAGUACAACAGAAAGACAGUUUUUCUUUAUCAAUCAACGGCCUUGUGACCCUGCAAAGAUUUCCAGACUAGUGAAUGAAGUCUACCAUUUAUAUAAUCGGCACCAGUAUCCAUUUGUUGUGCUUAACAUUUCAGUCGAUUCUGAGUGCGUGGAUAUCAAUGUAACCCCGGACAAAAGGCAAAUUUUAUUACAGGAAGAAAAAUUUUUGUUGGCUGUACUAAAAACAUCUUUGAUAGGAAUGUUUGAUAGUGGUGUUAACAAACUUACUGUCAACCAGAAGCCACUAUUGGACAGUGGAGGUAAUUUAUUAAAGAUGUAUUCAACAGAAAUGGAAAAAACACUUCCAGAAAAGAAGAAUCUCAUCUCACUACAUACUAAAGGAGAAGAAAAAAGAACAUUAACUAUUUCCAGACUACGAGAAGCAUUUUCCCUUCAACAUACAACAGAACAGAGUUUUCAGAGUCUGAAAACUCAUAAACCACAGGACUCUCCAAGACAAAGAAAUCCUUGGUCAUUUUGUAGCACUUCAAGUCCUGUAAACGCUUCCAAACCAAUUUCUGGCAAAGAUUGUCGCAGUCAAGAGAUGGUGGAGCCAACUCCAUGCAUACAUAGCAGUAUGAGUCCAAAGCCAGUAAACACUGACAAAGAUUCAGGACACAGUAGCACUUUUACACAGUCUAAUGAAGGUUCUAGCACUCUGGAGAAAGGUGCCCAUGUUGGCAGGGAAUGUGUUACAAGUUCACCUAGGGAAGAUUACACAUUUUCAAAAGAAAAUGUUGAAACUUUUAAGAAACUACCAGGACCUGACAGUCAAUUUUCAAUCUCAAAAAGUUGUUUGGAAGAAAAAAAUAUUGAGAAUGUCUUCAUAAAUUUGUCUCCUCCAAGCACUAGCUCACCAUCAAAAGAGAAGCGAUUUAAAAAGGAAGUGUCUUCUUUAAAUUUCAGUGUUCCCCCAAAGGUGAUGAAUGCUGAGGAACUUUCAGCUUCUCAGGUGGACAUAGCCAUUAAAGUUACUAAAAAAGAGGUGCUUCUUGACUUUUCUAUGAUUUCUUUAACCAAAAGGCUGCAACAGCUACAGCAGCAGGAAAAACAAAGGGUAAAGGCACAGAAUUACAGAAGAUUUAGGGCAAAAAUAAGCCCUGGAGAAAAUCAAGCUGCAGAAGAUGAACUAAGAAAAGAGAUAAGUAAAGAUAUGUUUGCAGAAAUGGAGAUCAUUGGUCAAUUUAACUUGGGAUUUAUAAUAACCAAACUGAAUGCAGAUCUCUUCAUUAUUGAUCAACAUGCGACAGAUGAAAAAUACAACUUUGAGAUGUUACAAUUGCACACUGUUCUGCAAGGGCAAAGGCUUAUAAUACCUCAGGCUCUCAAUUUAACUGCUGUCAAUGAAGCCAUACUAAUAGAAAAUCUGGAAAUAUUUAGAAAGAAUGGUUUUGAUUUUAUCAUAGAUGAACUUGCUCCAGUCACAGAAAGGGUUAAGUUGAUUUCCUUGCCAACUAGUAAAAAUUGGACUUUUGGACCACAAGACAUAGACGAGAUGAUCUUCAUGUUAAGUGAUUGUCCUGGUGUCAUGUGCAGACCCUCUCGAGUCAGGCAGAUGUUUGCCUCAAGGGCAUGUAGAAAAUCUGUCAUGAUUGGAACUGCACUUAACAAGAAUGAAAUGAAGAAACUGAUCACUCAUAUGGGUGAAAUUGAGCAUCCCUGGAAUUGCCCCCAUGGAAGGCCAACUAUGAGGCACAUAGCUAGUUUAAACAUGAUUUCUCAAGAUUAAUGAAUAAUUGAGCAUAAAAUUAUUCUCAUUUUGUAGAAUUGUGGAUUUUAUCAUGGAUUUUCCUAAUUUUGAAGGCAAAAAUUUAACUUUUUUGUUUUAAAAAUCAGUGUGUUACAUUAUUUUCCAUGUACAUUUAACGUUUAUCUUGAGCUUUGCUUGCAAAAUUUCUUGUUCUUAACUGCUUUUUAAAAUAUAUAUAUACAUAUGUAUAGCCAAGAACAUAUUUUGAGAAAUAAAGAGCAUACUUCAGCA